UCACUUCGGAAAACAUUUUGAAGAACCUUGCAAAAUCAAAACAAUGAUGAAUCGACCGAAAUAGUAGGAAUAUUACAUUGCAAUUUUCUUCCUUUAUAGAACGUCACUCAUACAGAAGCUUGGUGCAGUCAAAACACCUACAAUAUACAGAAUCAUGGGAGACGGAGCAGGUAUCGAUGGAAAUUAUGCUCAAGAGCUGCAUCAGAAGCAUGUAAGGGAACUUUUGAAUAAGGAGAAGAUAAAACUGUGGCUGCCACCCUACACCAAUGAGGAUGGUAGCAGAGGGGAUUCACCGAAGGAUCUGAUUGCAAGAUAUGCCCAGGCCUUACAACUGACAGAAGAGAUGGUCUCUGAAACUAUAGAAAAUCUCAGGGUUCACGCUUUACACAAAUUAGCAGAACGGGAGAAGUAUAAGAAAUCAGGACUGGCCUUACUAAAAGUCAAAAUGACUGGCCAACCAUCGAAUGCAGACAAGAUGCAACACAUUUCACUGGAGAUUAGCCUUGAUGUAGACGGGAAGGAGUUAAGGGACAUGUUGUCCCAACAGGUGUCGCUACCGGCUGACCAGCUGAAGCUCAUUUGUCAGGGCCGUGUGAUAACUAAUGAGGGAUCUCUCCAAUCACAGGGACUGAAGCAUGGUUGCCAGAUCAUGGGGCUCUGCCUUUCUGUGAGUCAAGCCCAGGCUGCUAAACAACAGGAGGAUGUGACAAGGAUGCUUGACACCCGUAAGGCAGCGGAACUUCUCUCCGACAAGGCGGAGACUGAUGAUUAUGACAUACAGAUAGCUGACCAGUCAGGAAGGCCUCUGGAUCUUCCAGCAGCAGAGAAGAAGGCUCUCACACUAGCGAUGACUUUACACGAGAAGGGCAGGGCAGCUCUGAAGAAGAAGGAAGAUGGCCGAGCACUACUGCUGUUAUUGGAAGCUGAUAAGGAAUUCAGAAAGUGUCGAGCAGACAUCUUGAAUGCUGUAGACAAUUAUGCUGUCCUGUGUCUAGAUAUUGUUUGGUGUUAUCUCUGUCUUAAAAAUGUUGAGGACUUACCCGACGCAGCCAGUCGGCUGCAUGCCAGUGAGGAAUGUUUUCAGAGGACUUACGGCAACAACAUGGAGAGACUGCUAGCUGUAAAGGGAGGUUCUGGGACCGAGCUUGCCCUGUUUAUGAGGUUACACCUUCUGCAGGGUAUAGUGGCCUUCCACCAACACGAGAUUCAGGAAGCCAACAGAUUACUUGGGAAGGCUGAAGAAGAGCUACAAAGGUUGACUGUUGAUGGAGACAAACUAACUCAAGUGAUACAGAUGGGUUUCAAGGAGAGGGAAGGACGAUUAGCUCUUAGAGUAACCAAUGGAAAUGUGGAGGCUUCAGUCCAGUACAUCAUGAAAAAGCGUGAGGAGAAAAAGGAAAUAGCUGAAAAAGUGGAAGAGGAGAGACGGAAGAAAAAAAUACAAAAAAGAUUAGGGUCAACUGCAAAGGGGGAUAAAGUAAAUGUGGACACCUAUGAGAUGUUACUGUCCAUGGGCUUCAGGAAUGGGGCGUCUGCGGAGGCACUUCGCCAAGCCAAUAACGACCUUAGCUUAGCCUUAGAGGUGCUACAGAACCAUCCUGAACUGUUAGAUCUGCCCGACCCCAGCAGUUCCUCGGUACCUAUCACAGACGACAUGCUCGCUCAGGUAAUAUCGAUGGGAUUUGAGAGUGAUAUGGCAAGAAAUGCUCUGCAGAAACACAGCGGCAGUAUUGAGAGGGCAAUAGAAGAUUUGAUCAAAUCUGGAGGUGUGAUAGCGAGUCCCAAUGGCGAAUCAUCUUCUUCAGCAUCUUCAUCAUCAUCAUCUGGAGCUACUUCACCAUAUGAAGAUAGCAGGAAACAGAAAGAGGUCCUUGACGAUCUUGUGUCGGACAUUGCCAAAGACGAAGAUGACUACCUAGAUUUAACGCUACAUGAUGAAGCCGAGUUCUUGAACCAAUAUAAAACCCUGCUGGAGAGUAUUAAAAGCUGACAUUUAUAUGUGUGAUGUUCCUGUUACAGUCUUCAAAUUGACAUUUUAUAAUUUACCAUGAGAUGUGGUAGUACAUUUAUAAGGGUGUGAUAUAUAAUACCAUAUUUGACCAAAUAACUGCAAAAGCAAAUACGAGAUGUGCUUAAUAACACAAGCAAAGUGUUAAAGAGAAAUCAAAAUAUAUUUUAGAGAAAGAAUAUCUUUAAAGCUAUUUUGGAUUAUCUUUCCCCAAAGAAUUAUCAGGCUGAAUUGAUACAUUAGUAAAGUAAGCAAUCGUUUUAUGGACUUUAAUGUAGCCCAGCCUCCUUCUCUUUCUCAGAAAAGAUAGAGGUGAACCAAUGUGUGUAUUAUAUCGGGUACGGUAAUGUGAAUGUUGUGACAUUUGAAACUGUCUCACAGAUUUUGAAUUUUUUUUUUUUAAAUAAUUGUUGAAAAAUACAUUUAAUUAGUAGUUGAUUUCUUUAAAAAUGUGUCUUUUUAUAUAGAAUUUCACAGAAAGUACUUGUUACAUUAUGUACAUGUAAACAGAAAUAUAUUUUAACUUAUUAAUUGAAAUGUUUAAUAUUUUUAUCAAUAUUAAAUUGUUACUGUGGCAUACAGAUUAAAAUAUACAGUUCUA